AUGACAUAUCCAGCGGUUAGAAUACCUGCUGUCAAGGCGCCCUCAGCGACAGUUAUAUUUCUUCAUGGACUUGGUGAUAGUGGAAAUGGUUGGAGGUUUUUAGCCGAGGAGGCAAUUCGAAAGAAGCGACUUCAGCAUGUGAACUUCAUCUUUCCAGAUGCUCCAAUGAAGCCAGUGACCCUGAACUUUGGUAUGCAGAUGCCCGCGUGGUACGAUAUCCCAAAAUUAGAGAACGUGCGCCAUAAGCAAGACGAAGUUGGCGUUCUGGAGAGUGUUGACAGGUUGAAAGCAAUGAUUGAGGAAGAGCUUGGCAAAGGUGUCCCUUCGGAAAGAGUUGUUAUAGGAGGAUUUAGCCAGGGCUGUGCUAUUAGCUAUGGAGUAUGUUUGAAUUCUGAGGAGUAG